UGCAGAUUGUCUACCAUGGCAAGUUGGUUAGGUGGAAGGCGUGUCCUGCUCUUUAAACCGAUCAGCCUGGGUCAGCCUGGCUCCCAGUGGAGCGGAUUUAGGAGAGCCGGCAAGUCAUGUGGGGAUCAGGAUCCGAAAUUCACCAUAAUCCUCCGGAGAAAAGGGGGGUAGGUAGACAGAGAGAGAGAGAGUAAGCCGUAGUCUGUGCAGGAAAGGCCGAAGGAGUAGGCUGGAGAGACAGUCAUAUAGUGUAGUACAGGAUUGAAGUUACACAGUUUUAGCGCAUUCUCAACAUUCUCUAGGUUUUCUCUGUUUGCAUUAUGGCCCAGGCCAAAAGUGACGUGGGUCUUGACUCUGAGAUUUCCAAUGACACAACCAUCCGCUCGACUGUGGAACCUUGUACGGACCUGGACCACCGAAGCAAUGAGGAGGAAGAAGAGGAAGAGAUUGAACUAGCAGAGGAAGUGGAUGAGGAUAUUGGGAUGGCAGGUGAAGAUGGCAUAACAGAAAAGCAGACAUGUGGCAAUGGAAUGUCUCCACUUGGCCAACCAGAGGAACCUAAACUGGCCCUAAUCAUAGUGCAUGAAAACGAGGGCGCUUGGGGAAAAAUGGAUGUGGAGAGCACAAAUGAUGCAGAACCCAGAGAAGAAGCUCCAAAUGAGGAGCUGAAGGAAGAGGUAGAAAAGACUGAGAAAGACCUGGAACAAGCUGACCACAGAGUGAGUGAACCACAGGAUGAGACUGAACCAACAGAUGAAACUGAACCAACUGCUCCAACUGAACUAUACACUCAGGUAGCAUUGCAAACUCGAAAUGAAGCACAGACCAUUGCUGAGGUUUUGCCUGUAACCAACAGGGAAGAUGAAGAACAACCAGGUUUAGUUCUAGAGCAACAAAUUCAGGAGGCAGAGCCAAGACCUCUACAAAAGCAAGAGGACAGGAAUUCAGAAAUUCUCAGUGAAAACACAAAUGAAAAAGGUUUGGUGAAGAUGGAGGAGAGGUCAGGUGUUCAGGAGCAGGCUGAGAAGGGACUUGGCGCAGAGACAGAAAUGGAACAGGUGAUGGCAUCCUUAGAGGUAGGAAUGAUAGAGAAGCAGACACCAGAAAAAAAGGACAGGCCUAAUUCUUUGUUCUCUGUAGAUGAAGCAAUGCAGAUAAUUGAUGAUGGUUUAAAUGUAGCUGAAGGGCACCUGACGGAGGCCACUGCUGAUAAUGAACAAGAGGAUAAAUUAGAGCAAUCUGAAGGGCAAUAUAAUAUUCCUGCAGUAAAGGUGGUUGAUGAAGUGGUGGUGGAUGAUCAACCAGCUGAGUCUCACUGUUAUGAUGUAAAAGAAGUGGAAUAUAAUGAAUCUCCACAGCCAGAGAAACAUGUUCCUGUUUCUUUGAAUACCGAGGUAAAUAACGUUGAAAAUGAAAUAUUACAACUGCUAGUGAAGCAACCUGAUUUGGCCACCAGUGUUGAGGUCAGAGAUAUCCCAAUGGGGCCAUCACAAGAUUUAGAAGAAGUUACAGCAAUAAGUAGAGAUGAUGGAAAGAUUAAAGAAGAGAGACUGGAACCAACUUCAUCCAGUGAUGGAGUUGAAACAAAAGAGGGGAAAGUGGAAACUGAUUUUGAACAACCUUUAAUUAGUUGUCUUGGCAAAGAAAACCUUGAAGAGAAUGAAACUGAGCUGAUUGAUGAAGAGGUUGUAUGUGAUGAAGUUAGAAAAGAAGCAGCUAUACCAGAAGUGUCUUUUUGCGAAGCAGAAAAGACCUGCCAAGCAACUCAGAAACCACCAAAAACCUUUCAAGAUGAUAAUGCCUUUGAGUGCGUUGGCAGACAUAUGCCUGAGACAAGACAACUAGCCACUACAGGUGAAGUAUCAGUAAAGGACAAGGUUGGUCAGGAGGAAGAAGCUAAUGUCACAGUUCAGCAGAAUCAGGAUAGCAUUAGUCCUGUUGCUGAACUAGAGGCUACAAAGAAUGAAGGAGAACCACCACAACAGGUGGUUGAAAAGAUGCAUGAUACUGGUCUGGAAUUAGCUGCAGAAUGUGAGGAAAUAGUACUUGAAGACACACCGCCAACUGUGGAUCGACCAGAAGAAGAAAAAGAGGAAGAGAAGGUUGAGAUGGAUGUAGUGAAAGAACAGGGCAAAGUUAGAGAUAAUGAAACACGUAAGGAGGAAGCAAACUGUAAAAACAUGGAGGAUGACAUAGGCAUAGUAGUGGAAAGAGUGACUGAGGAUAUAGGUGCGCUAAAGCAGGUCAGUGGGGAGGGAGCGUGUAAUGAGAUAGAGCAGCCAGGGAAGGGAGUGUGUAAGAAGAUAGAACAGCCAGGGCAGGUCAUGAAGGAUGAGCUAGCCUCUGUGGUGGAGAGGAGAGGCAACAAGCUAAUGCUAGAACAGCUGAUGAGAGUGAUUGAAAGUAAGCAGAAGGCAGCAGAGGGAGAGAGCACAAAAAAAGAACAGCCAAGUCCAGUCAUCGAAGUGCUAUCAAAAGCUGCGCAGGGGGCCGAGUGUAAGGGGACAGAACAGCCCCAACAGAAGGCUGUCAUCGAGGAUGAGCCAAAGAAAAGAGGCCGAGAGGGAGGGCGUAAAGUGAUGAUACCUGCUUGGUUGAUUGCCAGCGAGACCUCAGAGGUACAGGAGCCACCUAAACCUACUGGCAGCCGCCCCAGAAACAUUAGCAUGGAACGUGAAGGAGAAAUCGGUGUCAAGAUUAAAGGUCAAGAAGUCAUGGUGGAAAACGGGGUCCCUGGGCCUGCGCUGGUGAAGGAGGCAGCUCAGCUGAAGAACUUGCCCCAAACUGUGAUGCAAGAGGAACUUAUGAAUCCUCCAAAGGUGACUCCAGCUGAGCGGGUGGAGGAGAAGAUUUACAGUACUGAUCCUUCUGAAUGGGAGAUAUCUCUCUAUGUGAAGGCAGGAAGUGAUGGAGAAAGUAUUGGAAACUGUCCUUUCUCCCAGAGGCUCUUUAUGAUCCUUUGGCUAAAGGGAGUCAUUUUCAAUGUGACUACUGUGGAUCUCAAGAGGAAACCAGCUGACCUGCAGGACCUUGCCCCAGGCACCAAUCCACCGUUUAUGACCUUUAAUAGUGAAGUACUGGUGGAUGUUAUCAAGAUUGAGGAAUUUCUUGAGGAAAGGCUUGUGCCACCAAGGUACCCAAAGUUGGCUGCCAAGCACCCAGAGUCAAACACAGCAGGAAUAGACGUAUUUGCCAAGUUUUCUGCCUAUAUCAAGAACCCUCGGAAAGAAGCAAAUGAUGGCUUGGAAAAGGCUCUGUUGAAAUCUCUGAAGAGACUGGAUGAGUAUUUACAGUCUCCUUUGUCAGAGGAGAUUGAUGCCAACAGCACCGAUGACCCAGCACCAUCCACACGCAGCUUCCUAGAUGGACCAGACCUGACUCUGGCAGACUGUAACCUACUUCCAAAACUACACAUUAUCAAGAUUGUUGCGAAGAAGUAUAGAUGUUUCGAGAUUCCAGCCGAUAUGAAAGGGAUUUGGCGCUACCUGAACUCUGCCUACCAGAGAGAAGAGUUUAUCAACACCUGCCCUGCAGAACGAGAGAUUGAGUUUGCCUACUUGGACGUCGCCAAAAAGAUCAAAUAAAUGUGAUAAAUAGAUGUACACUCUUAAAAAUACAGUUGCCAUAAAUGAUUCUUCAUAGCGAUGCCACAAAAAAAAAAAAAAACAUUUUUGGUCCCCAGAAUUAGUGUAACAACACAAAAUAGUUAGCUUGUGGCUACUGUAUUAGCUAACAUAUUCACUUGUGGCUAGAGCGUGAGAUUGGGCUCUUGUUAGUGUUUCUGUACUUCUAGCGAACUCCACAGUGCCAUUCUAAAUCACAAGUGUUGUUUUAUCAUGUUGAAUGCUCUAAUAGUUUAAAAAUGGAUAAUAUUAAUAUAAGGCAGAGGUCACCAACCCUGGUCCUGGAAAUGUACCUUCAGCUACACCUGCUCCAGCUAAUUCAUUUCUUCAGAAGUCUGGGUCAGCUGCAUUAGUGUUUGGAAAGGGAGGUAGCAGCAUGUUAGAUCUUAGAGAGGAGAUCUCAAGGAAGAACGUUGAAGACCACUAAGACAAGGCUGAUAUAAUAAAUAAAAAUAAAUCAAGGCACCAUUUCAUAUCGAACCACAUUCCUUGGGAAGUCUAUGAAUUGUUACGCACAUACAAAGAACUUUUAAAGUGAUGGUCUUUCGCACAACCACUUUGUAAAUGAGACCACAUAAUUCCACAUAAUGUAAGGAGUCUUCAACAAAGUUUCCCAGACCUGUAUGUCAAAGAACCAUUUAGGAACCUUUAUUUUUAAGGUGUACAUGUGCAAUUUAGAUUACUGUGUGAAUUGGUACAUGUGUGUAUGUGUGUGUGUGUGUGUGUGUGUGUGUGUGUGUGUGUGUGUGUGUGUGUGUGUGAAUGAGAAAGCGAGAGGGAGAGAGUGCACUCACUGGUGGGGUUACAUUGUUAAAAAUACUAUAUUGCAUGUGCUGAUUAGUUUCUGUAGGCAUUUUUAUGUAGAGAGGUUGCUGUUUUUUCCUCAGUUAAUGGCAGGGCCAAGUUAAAAACAUUAGGUUUUGCGCAUAGUACUAAGACUUGUCAAGUGUCAUUCAUUUUGUUGUUUUUCUUCCAACGUACUAACUCAAAGUACAAUGCCUUGAUCUCUGUACAAAAGUACUCUCAUGACCAAUAAUGCUAGCCAAUUGGUGCAUUUGUCUCACUAUUUGUUGUGUUUUAGUAUUUGUCUACGUAUUUUUAUCUGAAGCUAGAUGUAAGUGUGAGAUGAGUAUAUGUAUUACUUCUAUGGUCAGGCCUGGAUAGUCCUGUAUGUUUUCUACUUAUAUUUCAUACAUAAUAAUUGUCAUGCAUUAAUGCAAUAACUCAUUUAAUUUUCCUUAUAACUCUUUUAUAUUAAGGUGACAGCUCUACUGCGUUUUAGUUUCUGAAAAUUGAUUCUUUCUUUGUGUUCUACUGUUUUGUCUAUUAAAGCUGAGAGAGAAAAAUACUUUUUUAUUACUUUGCAAAUGCUUGUUAAUACCUACUUCAAGUCUGUAAUCUUGUUGGAAUGAGCUUUGAAAUUGACACUUUAAUUAAACCGAUUCAAAACAUUUUAGAAAGCGUUGUGUAUUUAUUAUCUUGUUUCCUUGAGAGUUUGAGCUUUGCUUGAAAUU